AGCCCUUGCAGGCCUGGGGGAGCACAGGGCCAGGCAGGCCUCCUCGGUGCCAAGAUGAGCGUCACAUCUUGGUUCCUGGUGAGCAGCAGUGGCACCCGCCACCGGCUCCCGCGUGAGCUCAUCUUCGUGGGGCGUGAUGAUUGUGAGCUCAUGUUGCAGUCCCGUAGUGUGGACAAACAGCAUGCUGUCAUCAACUACGACCAGGACCGUGAUGAACACUGGGUGAAGGACCUGGGCAGUCUCAAUGGGACAUUUGUGAAUGACGUGCGCAUCCCAGACCAGAAGUACAUCACACUGAAGCUCAACGAUGUCAUCCGCUUUGGCUAUGAUUCCAACAUGUACGUGCUAGAGCGUGUGCAGCACCGUGUUCCUGAGGAGGCGCUCAAGCACGAGAAGUACACCAGCCAGCUGCAGGUGAGCGUCAAGGUCUCUGCACCCAAAAGGGGUGACACGCUGCCAGACCACACACCCUACUGCGAGUCCUCACAGCCCAGGCCGGAGAAAGGGGACCGCAGACAUGGAGCAGAGGCGGUAGCUUACCGCACACCCCUGUAUGGGCAACCCUCCUGGUGGGGUGAGGAUGACAGUGGAGCACCAUCUGAAGACCGGCACCAGCAGGAGCCCUACCCAGAGCGUCCCAAGGACCUGACACAGCAAGACAGUGAGCUAGACAGCUGCCGUGCUCCUGCCGAACCACCAGACUACUCGUUCAGACGUGAGCCCAGCUACUUCGAGAUCCCCACAAAGGAAGCCCCGCAGCCUCCACGGCUCCCCGAAGUGCCAACCCAGGAAAUGCCCACAAAAGACCAGGAGGCCUGCACUGGUGGGACGGCCCCAGUGGUGCAGAGCCAUGCCUCCUUCACCAUUGAGUUUGACGACUGCAGCCCAGGCAAGGUGAAGAUCAAAGACCACAUCACCAAGUUCUCCCUGCGUCAGCGGCGGCCCCCCAGCAAGGAGACCACACCCGUGGAGAUGGUCUCGGCCGAAACCAAGGUGGCUGACUGGCUGGUGCAGAAUGACCCAAGCCUGCUGCACCGGGAUGGCUCAGGGGAUGACCGCCACAGCACCAAAAGCGACCUUCCUGUCCACACUCGAACUCUGAAGGGCCACAAGCAUGAGGAUGGCACACAGAGCGACUCGGAGGACCCCUUGGCCAAGACUGCUUCGGUGUCUGGAGCCCCGACAGAGGCCAGUGGGGAGCAGGUGCGGCUGCAGAGGCAGAUCAGGAGGGACCCUCAGGAGCUUCUGCACAACCAGCAAGCCUUCGUCAUUGAGUUCUUCGAUGAGGACACACCCCGCAAGAAACGCUCACAGUCUUUUACACAUACCCCACCUGCAGACCCCAAGGCUGACAAGCGCCGGGGCACGGGGGCUGCGGACAGAGAGCGUCCCGGUGUCACGGUGCGCACCACAGGCAGCAGCUCAGGACCACAGAGGGCCAGCUCGCUCAAGCGAGAGAAGACUGAGGAGCGACUGGGCAACACCUCUCCCGUCCCCCGUGCCUCCACCCGCCCCUUUGGCAGUGUGGGGCGCCGCUCCCGCCUGGCCCAGGACUUCAUGGCCCAGUGUAUGCGGGACAGUUCCCCAGCCACCAGGCCUGGCCCUGAGAAGACGCCUCCGGUGCUGCCCGCCCCUCUGACGCCCCGAGGGGCCAGCCCCGUGACCCCCUCAAGCACCCCGCCGCCUCCCACUGACCCCCAACUGACCAAGGCACGUAGACAGGAGGAGGAUGACAGUCUUAGUGACGCGGGGACCUACACCAUCGAGACAGAGGCUCAAGACCAAGAAGUGGAGGAGGCUCGGAAGAUGAUCGACCAGGUCUUUGGGGUGUUCGAAUCCCCUGAACUCUCCAGGGUGUCCUCAGCUACCUUCCGCCCUGUCAUCAAAGGUGACAAAGAUGAAUCCAGUGAUGGCGGCAUGGCCCAGCGGAUGGCUUUGCUGCAAGAGUUUGCUUCCCGCACCCCAGGCAUGGCUCCACAGAUGGAGCAGCAGAGCCUCCUGGUCCCAGGUUCCCCUGGGGGUCAGAAGUGGGUUUCGCGUUGGGCUAGCCUGGCUGACAGCUACACUGAUGCUGGCUUGGCAGAGGACGGUCCUGGCCGCAGAACUGGAGAGCCUGAGGGGCCCCUGCCUGUGCGAACCCGGCGUCUGCUCCCUCAGUUGCCCAGCGAUAGGGCUGACAGCCCCGCAGGCCUUGAAACUGCCAGGCAGAAUGGCCCAGGGCCACCAGAGCUGAGUGGUGAUCCAGCAAACUGCCUUAUAGGCCAGGAAGACCUGGACCCCGAUAGUCUCAGUGAUGCCAGCGGGUCAGAUGGUGGCCGAGGCCCGGAACCAGGCACAGAGCGGCAGGAGGAUCUAGCAUGGGUCAGGGGUCGGCGCUCACCAAGGGCCCCCGGGGAGCUAGCCCCCACCUCUUUCUUCAUUGGUGAUCAGAAUGGGGAGGCCACCUUCCCCAAGAAAUCAUUUGUGGCUCCUGGGGAAGCAGAUGGCCCGGGACGGGUUGUCCAGACCAGCCCUUCAGCAAGGGACAGCCUUUACGUCAGUUCCAACGGGAGAAUGGUGAUCCAGUUGUGCAGUGGUCGGUCCCCAGAGCCUGACCCGGCCCCACCCAAGGAGACUCUGACCUUUGCCCAGCAAGAGAGUUUCACUAAGGAGCCGACCAGCGGACCCCCAGCCCCUGGCAAGCUCCCCCACAUUUCUAGCCACCCACUCCUACAAGACUUGGCUGCAGCCCGCGCCUCACGCAUGGACUUCCACACUCAGGACACCCACCUGAUCUUGAAGGAGACUGAGACAGCCCUGGCAGCCCUGGAGGCCCGACUCUGCUCCAAGUCUGCAGAUGAGUGUGAGGGGGGCAGCACCCCUAGGCCCCCAGAGGACUCCCUGUCUGGGGAUUCGGAUGUGGACACAGCUAGCACUACUAGCUUGCUCAGUGGCAAAAAUGGACCCAGCCCAACAACCCCCCAGACUCCAGGGCCACAGAAGGAGAGCCUGCUGUCUCCUCCAGCAGUACCAGACCCGGGGGUUACGACCCCAGGCAGCGCCCGAGAACGACUGUCUGAGCGACAGCAUCGCCCACCACCUGCAGACUUGGGCCAUGGAGACCCAUCAAGGCGCCUGGCUAUGCGGCGAGGCCAUGGGUCUCGAGGGUCCCUGGACUGGCCAGAUUGUUCAGGCUGGCAUGGGUGUGCUCUGUGA